GCAGGGGGAGCCAGAGAGCAGGAAGCGCUAGGCGGCCAGCCUGCCAGCUGUUUUCCUUUAGUCUGAGUAGCGAGCUGUUCUGGUUGUUUUCAUGAGGAACCGAACGUACUGAUCCGGAACCAGCUCCAAACAGAACCACUCAGCAGCAGAUACUCGGGUCAGAACCGGUCCGUCCGGUUCCAGAGGCGGGACGGGAAUGUUUGAGAUGCAGGGCGGGUCCAGCAGGAUGUCCUGGACCGCUGAACCUGCUGGAGCAACCGGGCCCAACCAGAACCUCAGGACCAACACAACAGAACCAUUCAGAAGCAGCUGAUGGACACUGAGAGCGGGGCGGUUCUGCCUGGAACCGGGCCGGCGACCCACUGGCCCGGUUCGAUCGGCUUCAGCGGCCCAAGAGAGCCCCUGCAGGACUGGGUGGUGGACCCCAGCUGUGUGACCUUGGACGACAGCGAAUCGGAGGACAUCCUACAGGCCGUCGACCCCAACGAAGUGUUUGGAGCCGGUACCGGGCCCGCCGACACCGGGCCCGCCGACACCGGGCCCGCCGACACCGGGCCCACCGACACCGGGCCCGCCGACACCGGGCCCACCGACACCGGGCCCGCCGACACCGGGCCCACCGACACCGGGCCCACCGACACCGGGUCCGCCGACACCGGGCCCACCGACACCGGGCCCGCCGACACCGGGCCCGCCGACACCGGGCCCACCGACACCGGGCCCGCCGACACGUCGUCCGAGAGUGACAGCGGCAUCUCGGAGGAGACCCCUAUUGCCAUGGUGACAGCAGUGAACACGGAGACCAGCCAGCCAUCAGUCUACCAGGUGGUCUAUGACAUCAGCUCUGUGGGUGGAGCCAAAUCUGAACCCGGUCAGGAGAACAUCAUCUCCAUCGAGCUGGAUGAGUGGAGUUCCCAGCUGCUGUUUUCAGACUCCUGCAUCAUGGCCCCGUCUUCAUCCUCUCCAUCUGACUGCAGCCGGAGCUCCGCCCCUCUCUCAGGUAGCGACCAGGUGCCGCUGUUCCCUGACCUGCGGCUGACGGAGGAGGAGCAGAAGCUGCUGACGGAGGAGGGCGUGUCCCUGCCCAGCAACCUUCCACUCACUAAGGCCGAAGAGCGGAUCCUGAAGAAAGUCCGCAGGAAGAUUCGGAACAAGCAGUCGGCUCAGGACAGCCGCAAGAGGAGGAAGGAGUACAUCCACGGCCUGGAGAGCAGGGCAGCGGCGUGCUCGGCUCAGAACCAGGAGCUGCAGCGAACCGUGGAGCAGCUGGAGAAACACAAUGUGUCCCUCCUCUCUCAGCUGCAGCAGCUCCGCUCCCUCAUCAAGCAGUCGGCCAGUAAAGGAGCGCAGACCAGCACCUGCUUACUGAUCCUACUAGUGUCCCUCAGCCUGAUCGUCCUGCCCAGCUUCAGCCCAUUUAGCCGUCGCACGUCAGCCGACGACGACUACAGAACCGCCGCAGGUCGGAUUGGACCUCUCGCCUUUGUAUCCAGAAACAUCCUGACGGACCCAAACUUCUCCAAUCCGGCAGACGACGGCGUCGGUUCCGCUGAACGGUUGGACUCAUCGGUGCCUCCUGAGCUCAGCCAAUCAGGGUCAGCAGGGGGUGCAGCGGCACUGCCGGAGCCAAUAGGACCCCUGGAAGGCUUAGCGGGCGAUGACAGCAGCCAAUCACAGAACGGGACGGCUGCUGUUGCCAGGCAGACCGGCCGUGAGCCGGGAAAACUCGGACACGCUGAUGAGAUGUAACCAGAACCUCCAGCAGGGGCCGCCAGACUGACGCUGAGCAGCUGGAGCACUGAUUCUGUUGGAUCAGAACCAGAACACUGAGAUUCUGGAGCGAUACCCUGACCAGACUCGGGUUUGAAAGUGGAUCCAGCAGCCGGACAGGACUUCACAGAAACUGUUUCUGUCUCUGCUGCACCAGACCUGGGACCGGAACCGACCCGUUUCAUGUUCAACUUGUGGAGACACACUGAUGUUCUGUCCUGGGAUGUUUCCGGGUUGGUUUGUGGGUUCUGGUUGUUCAGUAAAUCAUGUGAUGCUGCAAACAGGUCCUUAUUUCCAGUUUCAGCGCGUCCUCCUGCUCAACUUAUCGAGACUAAAAAUUACAAUUCAACAUUUUUCAUCCUAUAAAAUAUGACUCAUUAAUAUGUACAAUGUAACCAAAAUAAGGAAUCACUGAAUUUUUAUCACCUUUGUUAUUGGCUCCACUUUACAACUUUUUUUUAACUUUAAGCUGCAUAAAACAGAUGGUUUUAUGGGUAAAAUACUGUCUCUAUUAGUCGAAUGACAGACUGAUGACUUAAAUAUUAAUAUAUUUAAUGUGUAAAAUCUUGGAAAUAUGGCAAAGUUCACAGAGCGAACCAAUAGAAUAAAAUCAGUUUUAAAAGUA